AAUGCUGAAUUAAAAGAAUCCCUCGGAAUUUUCAGUCAGCUGAGAAAAUGGAACUGUAACGGUUAGCCGCAGCUUCGAGGGGUCAAUUCCUUGAAUACCUUGAGUAACGGGAAUCAGCUUGGGAAUAACAACGCCCAAUAUUAGUAAUUGUCAAAAUGGAGUUGGGAGCUGCCCGCUCGCAGCCAGGAACGUAUUGUUUCUGCGGACAAUCUUACACUCCCGAACAGUUUAUGAUACAAUGCGAUGUUUGUAAGGAAUGGUACCACGGAGGAUGCGUUUCGGUGAAGGAAUAUUCGUCAACAGACCUUGAUAAAUAUCACUGCCCGUCUUGUGUGGAAACAAACGGUCCAUCGCUGAUGAAAACCAGGAUGAACUGGCACCGGCACGAUUAUGGCGAGUCGGAAGCAAGUUCAAAGGCAGUCCAGACUGGGACGCCUGUUUUUAUCAGGGAGCUGAAGUCUCGGCAUUUUUCAAAGUCUGAUGACAUCAUCAAACAUGUCAGAGGCCAGCAAUUGACACUGCAAUAUUUACAAACACAUGGAUUUGAAACACCUGUUAUCAUUGACGGCAAAGAUGGCCUCGACAUGACUGUUCCACCUGCAAACUUCAGUGUCUAUGACGUUGAAAGUUACAUCGGUGGAGAUAGAGAGAUGGAUGUGAUCGAUGUCACCAAACAGAGCAAUGUGCGGAUGAAGCUUCGCGAUUUUGUCGAAUAUUAUAACGAUCCAUGCCGUACGAGAGUCCUGAAUGUGAUCAGUCUAGAAUUUACGAACACAGGAUUGUCUCCUAUGGUGGAGGCCCCUUACAUAGCACGGAAAUUGGAUUGGGUAAAUUCCGUGUGGCCUCGAGACUGGCCUGAAGACAGCGAACUGAAAAGGCCGGAAGUACAAAAAUAUUGCCUGAUGGGGGUGAAGGACAGUUUCACAGAUUUUCACAUUGACUUUGGUGGCACUUCUGUUUGGUAUCAUGUGCUAAGGGGCGAAAAGAUAUUCUACCUUGUCAGACCUUCGCCGGCAAACAUUCAACUUUAUCAGCAUUGGAUGUGUAGUUCUAGCCAGAGUGAAACAUUCUUUGGAGACCAAGCAGAUGCCUGUUAUAAAUGCAUCAUUAAACAGGGACAGACAAUGAUGAUACCGACUGGUUGGAUCCACGCUGUUUUGACUCCUGUUGAUUCUCUGGUCUUCGGAGGAAAUUUUUUACACAGUUUCAAUAUACCUAUGCAAAUUCAGAUCUAUGAACUUGAAAAGAAAAUGAAAACUCCCGCGAAAUUUCAAUAUCCUGGUUUCGAGACUAUCAAUUGGUUUGCCGCCAAGCGACUACUCAAAGAGUUAAAGGAACUGAAUAACGAGGAGAAGAAAUGCCCACCGUAUUUGUUGCAGGGUGUCAAGGCACUGUUAAGUAUAUUGAAACAGUGGAACACCGACAAAGACUACAACAUGACGAGUCGCGGUCAAAUACCGCACACGAUAAACAGUCAGAAAUUAUUGAAGGACUUUAGCAAGGAUAUAAGGCACGCGGAGCGUUACUUAAUAUCCUUAAACCCUCCGAAACCGGAACGCGAGAGUAAACGGAAAAGAAAAAAGCCGUCGAACAAAGAUUUCGUUGAUUACGACGUGGCCGAUCAAAUAUCUGUAAAGCCAGUGAAAGUAAACGCGAAAGAGACGUUAAAAUCAGAAUCGAAAAUCGAAGUAGACGACGUUUCGCCUAGUAAUAGACCCCCGCUAAAACUCACACUGCCAAAACCAUCAAUGUAUCCUUACGUUAGGACAAACGUACCCUCGGAGGAAAAAACCCUUCCCGAUAACGAAAAAACGAAACCGUUAACUAAAUUAGGGAAACAAAGUUUGAAGGUGAUUAAGUUUAAGCUCGGGGACAAGGAGGUGAUAAGAAGCACCAACGAAGCGAUAAACAAUUUCGGAAAUUUCACAACCGAUCACUUGAUCGAAACUCCUAAGGAAUUGACGUGGAAACAGAGUUCUGUUUAUGAUUUUCACGACGGCAGUAACGAGAGCAGCUACAGUGGCUUCACAAUCGACGAAGCGCCGAAGCGGAAAAAGCACCAAAAUCCAAAGGCGUCGAAAAGUAUGUCGGUUGAAAAAAAAUUGAAACGGGAUUUUGACGGCGACGUUGACGUCCUUACCGAUCCUCCCAAAAACGGUAUAGAGGAACUCCUCAAAGCCUCAGCUUACACGUUGGGAAAUGCCGCGCAACGGGUCGACACCGCGGCACCGACUAGUGUCUCGCAAUACGGUCAACCAACGCCGCCGCCAACCGGUAUGUGUAAAUUGAAAACGGCUAGUUCUGGCAGGGCAUCACCGUCAACGCGUGAGGCUAUUGCCGGCAUGCUGUCGUUUAGCGAGCAAUGCUACUCAACGACGUCUGGAAGCCCCGAAAAAUCAACCAAGUCCGAACAGGAAGACGAGGACGAUCAGUUGAUUGAAAAUAUCGACAAAGUUCACCAGGACGAGGAUUUUAUUUAUCCAACUCUCGACGCCUCGGACGACGAAGAAUUUAUAUUCAAACCUCGGGGGAAACGCCGCGUAGACGAAGCCUGGAAUCCCAAGGCGAGAGUCGGUCCACUAUUGCCGAAAACGAACCGCCCGGCUCGUGAGGGCGUCAAGAAAACCUCAGUCGAAAAGGGUCUGGAAGCUGCGGCCGCGAAACGAGCCAAGCAACAUCCUGUGGCUAAACGUACUUAUAACAAGAGAAAACAAAAAGAAGUCUUGUUGCCGGUUAUACCUGCGCCAAUUGUCGUUCCUGCACCGAUCGAAGAGGUGGUUACGACGACGGAUAGCUACGGUUCGAUACUGACAAGUCCAAAUCGGUUAAAAGACGUGAAAGCAAAAUUGGCGGCCCCAAUUCCUGCUGAACGAAAACCGAAGAAGGGUAUGAAAACCGCAAAGCAACGGUUAGGAAAGAUUUUGAAGCUUCAUAAAAUGAUGCACUGAAUUUUGAACCAGGUGAUAAUAUUUGAAUCUGAAAUAAUUUGAACUGCAAUCGUGUCCCCGUGUAUUUGUAAAAAUAAUAUGUAUAACGCAUACAUAUUUAUGUGUAAAUAUAUGAACAAUUUGUAUAUCUUUUCAAGAAAGAUAUUCGGUUAGACUUAUACAUAUAUAUAUUUAAAGAAUUGAACAGAAAAAAAAAUUGUAAAACGAAUUGUCGUCAAAGUAUCGCGCAUUUAUCUCUACAAGCGUGUACACGCACUAUCUUAUAAGAGUGAAAAUUUUCUAAUUAUAUUUUAAAUCGACUGUCUUUGAUAAAAUAAAACACUAUAUUAAGACUGGUUUCUAAUCUAAUAACUUUUAUUAACAAAAGUUUGAA